CGAACACCUAAAAACCUUCAUCAACUGCCUCUUACAGCUUUCGUUUCUCUUUUCCUUUGUUUCCUUUUCGAACUCUCAGUAUAAAACCUCCCUAAAAUCUCUCUCGACUUUCAUUGUACAAAAAAAAAUCUACUCAGUUGAUCCUAAUGCUGUUUAAAUCUUGUUUAAUUAAACGUUGAUCGAAAGAAGAAUCAUACUUAUAUUUUGGAUUUACGAAGGGGGAAAAACUAGACUGUUUACUGAUUUUGCUGUUAAAGUGAUGGAAAACAAAGCGGCGGUGAGGUUUACGUUAGGGAAGCAAUCGUCGAUGGCACCGGAGAGAGAAAGAAGCGAACCGGAUGGGAGAGGGAACAAGGAAGGAGAAGAGAUAGAUGGAGGAGUAAGGUUGAUGUACUCCGCAAACGAAGGUGACUUGGAGGGCAUUCGCGAGCUAUUGGAAUCGGGGAUCGACGUUAAUUUCCACGACAUCGAUGAUCGGACGGCUCUCCAUGUUGCUGCUUGUCAAGGACAGACCGACGUCGUUUCCUUGCUCCUUCAGCGCGGCGCUGACGUCCAAUCUACAGAUCGAUGGGGGAGCACACCUUUGGCGGAUGCUAUACAUUAUAAGAAUCAUGAUGUCAUUAAGCUUCUGGAGAAACAUGGAGCUAAGCUUUUGAUGGCUCCUAUGCAUGUAAAUCACGCGCGUGAAGUCCCUGAAUAUGAAAUUGAUCCUAAAGAACUUGAUUUUACCAACAGCGUCGGCAUUACAAAGGGAACCUUCUGUAUAGCAUUAUGGCGUGGAACGCAAGUUGCUGUCAAAAAGCUUGGGGAUGAAGUUUUUUCCGAUGAGGAAAAAGUGAGGGCAUUUCGAGAUGAGCUUGCAUUAUUUCUGAAAAUUCGACAUCCAAAUGUAGUUCAAUUUCUUGGUGCAGUAACUCAAAGUAGUCCUAUGAUGAUUGUGACAGAGUAUUUACCCAAGGGAGACUUUCGAGCAUUUUUGAAUAAAAAAGGACCAAUGAAACCUGUGACAGCUCUGAGAUAUGCACUUGAUAUCGCAAGGGGAAUGAAUUAUUUACACGAGAACAAACCAGCAAUAAUUCACCGUGAUCUUGAGCCAUCGAACAUUCUACGGGAUGAUUCGGGACAUCUGAAAGUUGCAGAUUUUGGAGUUAGCAAACUCCUCACUGUUAAAGAAGAUAAACCACUAACUUGUCUAGACACAUCUUGCCGAUAUGUUGCUCCAGAGGUUUUUAGUAAUCAUGACUAUGAUACGAAAGUAGAUGUGUUUUCAUUUGCUCUUAUCUUACAGGAGAUGAUUGAAGGCUGCCCUCCAUUUUCUGCAAAGCAAGACAAUGAAGUUCCGAAGGCAUAUGAAGCAAGGGAGCGUCCGCCUUUCAAAGCUUCAACUAAGAAUUAUGCCCAUGGGCUCAAAGAAUUAAUUGAGGAUUGUUGGAAUGAGAAACCUGUCAAGCGACCCACAUUCAGACAGAUUAUAACCAAGCUAGAAUCUAUUCACAAUAGUUUUAGUCAUAAAAAGCAUUGGAAGAUUAGACCACUAAAAUGCUUUCAGAAUCUGGAGGCAAAGCUGAAGAGAAAUUAUUCUAGUCCAAGCAGCCGUAGCAGUUCAUCUCGGUCUACUAGCAGCGUAUGAAUGGCUGAUGCGUCAUCUUCCCAGGCUUAUUAUUCUGCAUAAUUUGUUCGGUUUAUUGGCGAAAAGAAACAAGUGAAUGCAACCAGGGGCAGAAGCUA